UCCUCUGGCGAAAUAAAAUGUACAAAAUGAGCUAUAUCUUAUUAUAACAAAUAGAGAGCGGACAUUCUUGGCCAUUAUUAGGCCUUGGACAGGAAAUGCAACUGGAAAAAGAAGACACUGUGGUAUUUCCAAGAGACAAAUAUUAACUGUCUACCAACAAGUUGUAUCGCUAGCAAGACGUUUCAACUAUCUCAAGCCAGCUUAUUGGUGGCUAACUAUUUAGCUAGUGAAGGGGUGUCCCCAUAGCUGGUUGAACGACUAUAGAUUACAUUAGCUUGCUGUCUCGAUAUCUAUAAUAGUUUUGAUUCGAAUCGGUCUUAUUCGCAUGCAUUACUGACUAGCUGUGCGUGAUUCGCACCUAUUCUGCCAUGGAUGAGGCGUCCCCUGCGUCUCUGUCUGACCUGUGCCUGUCACUGGUCAGCUCACGGCUGGAGCUGUUCUGUAUCAAGCUGGCUGAUGGCUCUCUGUGCUUCCGUGAGCCCCUAGUCUUCCCUCAGGAGCUCGCUGACCAACUGCUCUGCAAGAUGGCCUUAGAGGGUUUACUGAAUGACAGCACAGUCAGUAUCUUCCGGAGCUGCCAUCAGUUGCGUCUGCGACGUGCGUGCAUCCGUACAGCACGGAUCUCUGCCGAGGCUUUCCACCGUGCACUGUGCCCUCACAGACUCCUGGAGCUGGAUGCCUCACGGGUCAACGCUGACCUAACCAUUGCCGACAUCUUGCGAGGCCUGGCCUCCAACAAAGUCUUGCAGGAGAGCCUACAGAGGCUAGUACUCAAUGGCCUGACCAUGUCGUCCCUAGAGGAGCCCAAUCGCCGUUGUUUCAGCACCCUUCAGGGGCUGCGCUCACUCAGCGUGUCCAACGUGGACUUCUACGACUCGGGGUUAGUGGACGUCUGUGCCCUGCCCCGUCUGGAGAGCCUGGACAUCUCCAACACUUCGGUGACUAACCUGACUCCACUGCUGGGGCUCCGUGCUCGACUGCGAUACCUCACCAUGCACCAACUCAAACGGCUCGAGAUGACUACUGCACAGCUGCUCUCUGUCCUCAGCCAGCUGGACGGCCUGCAGCAUCUUGACAUCUCGGACGAUAAGCAGUUCACUUCAGAUGUGGCCCGUCAACUGCUGGAGACGGCGGGCAUCCUGCCAGCACUGGUGUCGCUGGACGUAUCUGGGCGGAAGCAGGUGACAGAUGCUGCGGUCAGGGCUUUCGUGGAGGAGAGGCCUGGCAUGACUUUUGUGGGUCUCCUGGCCACUGAUGCUGGAUUCUCUGACUUCCUGUCUGGGGAAGGCAGCCUGAAGGUGACUGGGGAAGCCAAUGAGACUCAGAUUUGUGAAGCAUUGCGGAGGUACAGCGAGAGAGAGGGCUUCGUUAGGGAAGCUCUGUUCCACCUUUUCAGUCUCACACAUGUGAUGGAGAAACCUCGGCCAGAUAUUCUCAAAUUGGUAGUUUUGGGGAUGAAAAAUCAUCCCACCACUCUGAAUGUGCAGCUGGCAGCAAGUGCCUGUGUGUUCAACCUCACGAAGCAGGAGCUGGCGUUUGGUAUGCCUGUGCGUCUCCUAGGCAACGUAACCCAGUUACUUCUGGAGGCUAUGAAGACCUUCCCAAACCACCAACAGUUGCAGAAAAACUGCCUGUUGUCCCUCUGCAGUGAUCGCAUACUACAGGAGGUUCCUUUCAACAGGUUUGAAGCUGCGAAGCUGGUCAUGCAGUGGCUGUGUAACCAUGAGGAUCAGAACAUGCAGAGGAUGGCUGUGGCUAUCAUAUCCAUACUGGCUGCCAAGUUGUCUACGGAGCAGACAGCACAGCUGGGUGCAGAACUGUUUAUUGUCAAGCAACUCCUGCACAUAGUGCGACAGAAAACAUCUCAGGGCACAGUGGAUGCUACUCUGAAGUUCACUCUCAGCGCGCUUUGGAACCUCACUGAUGAAUCACCAACCACCUGCAGACACUUCAUAGAGAACCAAGGCCUAGAGCUAUUCAUCAAAGUACUUGAGUCCUUCCCCUCAGAGUCCUCCAUUCAGCAGAAAGUCCUGGGCUUACUGAAUAACAUUGCAGAAGUUGGAGAGCUCCAUGCAGAGCUGAUGGUGCAGAGAUUCCUGGAUCAUAUUAGCUCUCUGCUGCACAGUCCAGAGGUGGAGGUUAGCUACUUUGCUGCAGGGAUCCUAGCACAUCUGACCUCACGUGGAGAGAACUUGUGGACCCUUGACAAGCCCCUCCGAGCAACGCUUUUGGAGCAACUGCAUUCUGCAAUUCUGAAGUGGCCCACACCAGAGUGUGAGAUGGUUGCUUACAGGUCCUUUAAUCCUUUCUUCCCUCUGCUGGAGUGUUUCCAGACCCCAGGGGUUCAGCUGUGGGCGGCCUGGGCCAUGCAGCACGUCUGUAGUAAAAACGCUGCGCGUUACUGUAGUAUGCUCUUAGAGGAAGGUGGGCUACAGCAGCUGGAGGCAGUGAGGUCACAUCCUGAAACCCACUGCGAUGUGAGGCGAUUGGCUGAAAGCAUUCUGGAUAGUCUUCAGCGCCACCAAGCCAGGACAGGUCAUCCAGGGACACCACAAACACACAUACACAAAGAGAGAAAUGUCCCCUGACACCUGGACAUGAAUAUUUGAUGGUACAUGGUGGACUGAACUGGAAGGCGUGUGUGUGCGUGUGUGUGUGCGUGUGUGUGUGCGUGUG